AUGUAUCCCAUUCCCGGAUCGUCGACGUCUGCCCACACCGCACCUGUACCAGCCAAUGCAUACGAGUACGAUGUGGGAAUUCUGGCACAGCAAAGCGUGUACGUUCCGGGCGCAAUGAUAGACAAGCGCGGUGGUGCGGGCGGAAAACUCGCCAAAGGUGGUAAGAGGACAACGGUGCUGCGCAAGGGUGCUGGGAAGGUCUGGGAAGAUCAGACCUUGCUGGAGUGGAGUCCUUCUUGGUUCCGCCUGUUCGUUGGAGACCUGAGUAAUGAUGUGUCUGAUGACGUGUUGGCGAACGCAUUCAACAAGUAUCCCUCGUUUCAGAAAGCAAGGGUCAUCCGAGAUCGACUGAGUGGCAAGGCCAAGUUUGGGUUCGUCGCAUUUUCUGAUCCCGAAGACUUCCUGAGAGCUUGGAAGGAAAUGGAUGGGAAAUAUGUCGGCAACCGACCUGUGAAAUUGAAGAAGGCGGACAACUCUGUCAAUCAGGUCGAGAUUGGUCACAGGAAAGCCAAGCAGCUUGAGAAAGAGUUGAAGAAGAACAGACACAAACCAUAUUGA